AUUAUGCAAUCACGUGACACAAUAGCGCCAUUUUGAAAAUUUCAGUCGUGGAGGUUCGUGUUCAGACGUGGUCUUGCUGAAGUUUGCGCGGCGUCGUCUUCGUUCAGCGCGGCCCAGACAGGAGAGAAAGAGGAAACAUGAGUAUAAACAGCACAGCAGAGGCUGUGGGUAGGAUGAGACUGGAAGAUGGCGAUUUUGCCAAGCCCAGACCAUCAGGUAUGGGCAUGAUGGAUGCUUCAUCGAAGGCUCUCUUCAACAAGCUGAUCAUGAGAGCCAAGCAAGAGCAGGAGAAAGGAAACCUUCAGAAGGCCCUACAGAAGUUCAGGGAGGCACAGAAGGUUUAUCCCACAGACAAAUUGCUGAAGAAGAUCAAGAAAAUAGAGGCAUACCUCCUGCUGAGUGAGGAAGAGGAAGAGGAGGAACAGCAGGAUGACGGAAUGGUGAUGGUGACAGAAGGUCUAAAACUGCCCAAGGGCGUUUACAACAACCUCUACCCCUACCAACAGGACUGUGUCAAGUGGUUUCACAGCCUGGCUGUCAAACGGAAGGGAGGGAUACUCGGAGAUGAUAUGGGGUUGGGUAAGACGGUGCAAGUCACAGCCUUCCUUUAUGGAAUGUUUCUCCAAGAGAAGAUCCACAGUGUACUUAUCAUCUUGCCUGUGGCGCUAAUCACUAACUGGGAGAGAGAACUGGAAAAAUGGUCUUCAGGAGAAAUCCGAGUGAAACAGUUCCACGGAACCAGCGUGAGAGAGCGAGGCAGGAACCUGGAGCGUGUGCAGAGGAAGGGAGGUGUGGUCCUCACCAGCUACGGCAUGGUCUCCAACAACUGGGAACAGCUCGCCAAGAUCGACUACAAGGAGUUCGUCUGGGACUACGUCAUUCUUGACGAGGGCCACAAGAUAAAGAACCCCACCAAGACGACGAAAGCCUGCCACGCCAUCCCGGCCAGGAACAGGUUCAUCUUGACUGGGACUCCCAUACAGAACAACCUCCGGGAGAUGUGGUCUCUGUUUGACUUCGUGUCUCAAGGCACGCUCCUCGGGACGGCCAAGACCUUCAAGAUGGAGUAUGAGAACCCCAUCACAAGGGCCAGAGAGAAGGACGCCACGGCAGGUGAGAUCCACCUGGGGAACCGGAUGUCGGAGAGCCUUAGGCAGCUCAUCGCCCCGUACUUCCUGAGGAGGACCAAGGCCGAGGUCAUGCCCAAGGACAAGGAGAACGCUGACCCUAACGAGAGCACUGGAACGGACCAGGAACAAGCUUCAGGGAACUCCUUCCCUUCUCUGGAGCGGAAGAAUGACCUGAUCCUGUGGGUGAUCCUGUCCCGCGCCCAGCAGCAGAUCUACAAGGACUUCCUCAGUCUGGACAGGGUUAAAGAGAUGCUGAUGACGACCAGGUCACCGCUGGCAGAGCUGAAUGUGCUGAAGAAGAUCUGUGACCACCCCCGCCUCCUGUCCACCCUGGCGUGUGCACAACUCGGCCUGGAUGGAGAAGAUGGAAUGGACCCAGAAGAUGUAGACAACAUGGCUCACGAGGUGGCAGCCAACAGCAUCGAGAACAUCUCCACAGAUCAGCUCAUGGCGGAGUCAGGCAAGACGUGUGUCUUAGUGGAGCUGUUGGAACGUCUUAAGGAGGAAGGUCACCAGACGCUCGUCUUCUCACAGUCAAGGAAGAUGCUGGACAUUAUCCAGAAGAUCUUGAAGAGCAGGGGCUUCAAAGUGAUGAGGAUUGACGGCACCAUCACCAAGCUGGAGGAUCGAGACAAGCGGAUCCGCAGGUUCCAGAGCGACCCUUCCUGGAGUGUUUUCCUGCUCACCACACAGGUUGGUGGCGUUGGGUUGAACUUGACGGCAGCAGACAGGGUGGUCAUAUAUGACCCCAGUUGGAACCCGGCCACGGAUGCGCAGGCAGUAGACAGGGCAUACCGUAUUGGGCAGAAGAAGUCAGUUGUCAUCUACCGCUUCAUCACCUGUGGAUCAGUGGAGGAGAAGAUCUACAGAAGACAGGUGUUCAAGGAGUCGGUCACCAGGCAGACCACUGGAGCCUGCAAGGACCCCUUCAGGUACUUCUCCAGACAGGACCUUCGAGAGCUGUUUGUGAUGGACAACCCAGAACAUUCCACCACACAGGAGCAGCUGGCACAGAUGCACUCACAGAACAGGAAGUCUGACACGAACUUGGAUGAGCACAUCGCCUACCUCCACUCUCUGGGAAUAUUCGGCAUCAGCGAUCACGACUUGCUGUACACCAAACAGGCUGACCAUGAGGAACUACCAGAAGGCCAGGAGUACAUUCAACAGAGGGUUCACAAGGCCCGUGAGCUGGUAUUGGCGGAGUCUCAGCUCCACCGCCAGAUGAACGAGAUGCGCCAAACGACGACAGAGGCCAGCUUCCUGCGCCGCCACGGAGGGAAGCAGCCGGGACAGGAGCUGACUGGCGCCGCGGGAACUCAGGACGGUUUCCCCGACAACCUACCCGCGAUGUUCCAGCCCAGCCAGGACCACAACCCGCGCAAUAUGCUCAACAAACCCAAGGCCAGGACCGUGAGCAGCGAUGACUACACUGACAGCCCUGUGCGCCCAGCUGACCUGCCAGGACAGUUCAUCGACCUCAGGCAGGAAACUGAAGAGGAGCAGGCACAGCAGCUGGAGAAGAGUUUUGCCAAGAUCAGCAUCAGCAGCCAGGAGAAGGAGGAUGAGGAAGAGCAGGAGUACGGAAACAGCUCUGAAGAAGCUGACCAAGAGGAUGCUGAAAACGAGCAGCUACAGAUGGCCCUGGCACUGUCCCUGCAGGACAACCCUCAGCAGAGCCUCAAGACUUCCACAAGAGAACCUCUCACCAAUGGACUCAACAUCAGCAGGCAGAAAGAUGAGGGAGACAUUUCCAAACAGGGCGACAUGUUCAUGGAGGAUUCCAUCGUCUCCGUUGACGACGACCGAGCCACGCCUGGACUGAACCAGGCCCUGUUCACCAGCAGUGACAGUCUACAGUUUGUGGCAGACAGCGGAGACGAGGACACAUCACGAGGACAGCCCAGCUCCAGGUCCUCCUCCAGACCAGUGUCCAGGGGAGAUGUUUUUGUCAUCGAGGACUCGGAACCGGAGGAUUCAGGUAGUGAUGAUGAUGUGCCCGUAGUUUCCACAGCACUUCCUUCUAGAGAGGCUGUCAUCAAUGUGAACGAUGCAGAAGAAGAGGGUAUCACACACGAGGAGUCUCCUCACAACACAGAAGAAAAGAAACGAGAGUUGAAUGCAUCAGUUGCCAUGGAUACGCAGCAUCCGGAUGAUGCAAGUGGUGAGGAGGGAACAGAAGAUGAAGAUGACAGCCAACACCUUCAAGAUGAAAGCCAUGCCCUUCAAGAAGAUGACAGCAGAUCAAAAAGCGCUGCUACUGCUGUUGUUUCUGAUGACAGUGAAGAAGAGAGUGAACCAGCUGGCACCAUCGACCAGGACCCAAAGCAGACAGACAGGAAAAGCUUUUCCUCUGAGCUUGAAGGGCACAACAGGUCAUCACUGGGGCACAGCAGGUCGUCACUGGGGCACAACGGAUCCUCACUCGGGCACAACGGAGCGUCGCUGGACGACAGUCUCAUCAAAAGUGCCAGAAGGCGGCCCCGGCCUCGUGUGAUCGACUCCGAUUCUGAAGACGACAGCCAUGACUUGAGCAGAGACGAAAACAGCCCCGAAGUUCAUAGCCACAGCCAAUCCAACAGUUCAGGAGAUGACCAAGAGUCCAUGGAGGAGAGCAACAACUCGUCCAGAAGUCCAGAGAAAAGACGGAACAAACAGAAAGCGACAAUCCUAUCUGGCAGUGAGGAAGACUUGAACAGUGAAGAGAACAGCCCCAAAGAUUAUUGUAGCCAGUCUGAUAUUUUUGAAGAUGACCAAGAGACAGUGGAGGAGAGCAACAACUUGUCCACAGCCAGCAGCCCUGGGGAAAGGAGAAACAAACAGAAAGCUACAAUCCUAUCCGGCAGUGAGGAGGACUUGCACAGCGACGAGAACAACCAGUCAGAUGACUCAGGAGAUGGUGAAGAGUCAGUGGAGGAGGCCAACAACUCGUCCACAGCCAGCAGUCCUGGGAAAAAGAGAAACAAUCAGAAAGCUACAAUCCUAUCCGGCAGUGAGGAGGACUUGCACAGUGAUGAUAACAGCCAGUCUGAUGAUGAAUCAUUGGAGGAGGACAACAACUUGUCCACAGCCAGAAGUCCUGGAAAGAAGAGAACCAAUCAGAGACCUGCAGUCCUGUCAGGCAGUGAAGAGGAAGAAGAAGCUGAAGAUGAUAGCUUUAUUGUGGCUGAUGAGGAGGACUCUAACACUGGAGAUGCUGAGACUGAUGAUGAUGAUGAGUCUAUCACACUGGACCAUAAAGACAAAGAUGAGAAGCAAGGGCAGGAGGAGGAGGAGGAGGAAGAAGAUGCAGAGAGCUCUGGAAUGGAAGACGAGGAGGAGUAUUACUCUCCUGAGGAAAACAGCUUGCUUGAAGAUGCAGCCCCACAGCCAGACAGGACCUACAAGGAGCUUGUGGAGCAGGGAAGGAAGCUCGAGGCAGACGGUAGCCUGCAGGAUGCCCUGAACCACUACCUGCAGGCCCUGGACAUGGAAGGAGACGACCCAACUCUGCAGAUGGCUGCUUUAAAACUGGCCCAGAAAUUACACACCGGGAAAAAGUGAUCUGGUACAACAGGGUACAACCUCACAGAUGUAUUUGAUGUCUAAGUUAACUUGAUACUACAUGUACUUUUGAUUAUGCCUUUGUGUCAUUUCUACCAGUGGAUUUGUUUGUCUCUUCCUUGCUGUCAAUGUUGUUAACAUGCGUGGAGUCUCGGGGAAAACCAGAGAUACAUUCUUUUGUGAUAAUGUCCCUAGACUUUCACUUUUGUAAACCCUUUCUUCUUUUUUUACUGAUUUAAAAGAUAUACUGAAUAGAGGUACAUGUAGAUACUUGCCAAGGCCACCAAGGAUAGUAUAGGUUUUCUGUCACAAGCCAAUUUCUUCAUUCAAAAUGUUUCAGAAAUCUGUAGUCACCAGAUGGCAAUAUGGCAAUGUUCUGUAUGAUUAGUGGAAGCUAUCUUCUUUGUUUCUUUUUGACAAGUUUGUUCCUCUAUAAAUCCCUCUGGAAAUUUCUGUACAUGAUCAUUUCUGUAUAUCAUCUAUUCUGUAUGAUCAGAUAACCUAUGUAUAAUACUAAGAGGAAAGGUACAAAGUACAAGGGUAGCCUGUUUUAGAAUCAUCUUGU